AUGGCUAUGGAAACUCAGGAAGCUUUUCAAGCUAUCCUCCACCCAAACUUUAAAUAUCCUAAACUAAUGCUCUGGUCUUGUCCUAUGGCAGGUCAGCUUAAGCUCAACACAGAUGGAUGCUCCAAGGGUGAUCCUAGACAAUCUGGAUUUGGUGGGUUGCUCAGAGAUGAAAAAGGAAUGGCCAACACCCACAUCGAAACUGAUUCCCAGCUAGCUAUGGAACUCAUUUGGGACGGAGCUGUUGCGAACUCAUCAUAUCGGGCACUCAUUGAAGAUGCCAAUUUCAUCAUCAAAAGAUGCCAAUGCACUAUUGCCACAAUACCCAGGGAAGCAAACUAUACUGCAGAUGCUUUGGCUAAUCUAGGUGUAGCUCAACAGGAGCACUUCAUCUUCCUAGAAGACCCACCCGUUUCUAUUUCUUCUUUACUAGUUAAUGACAUGAUCCAUGUUGGAUCAAGAAGGGAUUCCAAUAUUCCACGACUUUAG